UCACGGCAUUUUACCAUUAGCCCCUCGCCUUCUCGCUGUUCCAUAUCCUCGAGAGAGGAAAACGGAAAAGAAAAAAAAAAUUCAAAAUUUUCUACGAGCUUCUCUCGACCCAAUAGAUUCUCUUCCCCUGCAAAAUAGAUUGCGAUUGGAAUUAGCUAACCAAUCCGCCAUUGCUCCAAUCUUUCGCUUCUCUUCUCUUCCUCUCUUCAUUUUUCUCUACUCUCCCUCACGCUAGGGUUUUGUCCGAAGCCCAAACACAAAUUUUAGGGUAUAGACUUUCCAUCGGCUUCCGGAAGCUCAAAAAAAAAAUUUCAGCCAGUUUCUGGGCACUGAAUGGUUUAGACGGCUAUGGAACAGCUGACUGCUGGAACUGUGUAGCCGCAGAAUGCCGGGAAUCCCUUUGGUGGCUCGUGAAACUUCCUCGCAUAGCCGAAGUGCGGAUCAGAUGUGCCGUGAUGAUGGUCGUGUGCGAUUGUCUGCUGAAGAAGAAAUGGCAGCUGAGGAAAGCCUCUCCACUUAUUGCAAGCCCGUUGAGCUCUACAACAUCCUCCAACGUCGGGCUAUUGGGAAUCCGUUGUUUCUACAGAGGUGUUUGGAGUACAAGAUACAGUCAAAGAAUAAAAGGAGAAUACAAAUGACAGUUUCACUUUCGAUGACACUCAAUGGAGCUUCUCAAUCUCCUAGCCCAUUUCCUCUGUACAUUUUGCUGGCAAGACUUGUUUCAGAGAGUUUGACUCCAGAGAAGCAUUCUGCAGUUUUUCGGUUUAGUCGAGCGUGCAUUAUGAAUGACUUUGCUGGAGUUAAUGGGAGUACACAAGCACAAGCACAUUUCCUACUUCCAGAAUCUAAUAAGCUAGCAUCGGAAGCAAAUUCUGGGUCACUUUCUCUCUUACUUGUCAGCUUCGCUGGAGCUCAGAAUGCAGUGCAUGGACUUGAUUUGACCAAGAGUCAUGUAGAAAAUGUUGGAGGAUGCUGCCUACUGGGCAAGAUACAACUAGAGUCACUCUAUGCUUCAUGGCAGAAGUCUCCAAACUUAGCCUUGGGACAACGAGUAGAGGUUGCAUCAGCUGUGGACAUGUAUUCAUGCUUCUUAAAGUUGAAUUGUUCAAACGGUGAUAAGUGUGUUUUUGUACAAAUUCCAAAAGGGUCUGAGAAUGAUGCUUCGCAAGUGCAGGUCAAUGUCUCUGCUGAAGAAAUUGGAGCUAGGGAAAAGUCUCCCUAUCAUUCAUACACAUGCAGUGAUGUUUCUUCUUCCUCCUUGUCUCAUAUUAUUAGGUUGAGGGCUGGAAAUGUUGUUUUCAAUUAUAGGUACUAUAAUAAUAAGUUGCAGAAGACCGAAGUAACUGAAGAAUUCUCUUGUCCAUUUUGCUUGGUAAAAUGUGGAAGCUUUAAGGUAGAACUUGUGAUCUCAUAUUGUGAGCCUCCUCACCUUAUGUUUCCCUUCAUUCCUUUCUGGGGUCUGAGAUACCAUUUGCCUGCCUCACAUGAUCUCUUCAACUUUGAGUUCUGGGUAACUGAAGAAUUUCAAGCAGUAAAUAUAUCCGUUAAAACCGAUGUUUGGAGGUCUGAGGUUGUUGCUCGUGGUGUUGAUCCAAAGCAGCAAACAUUUUCCUUUUGCUCAAAGAAAUCGAGGCGCAGGAAACCAAAAAGCCAUGUUCAACAAGUAAAGCAUGUCUAUCCUCUGAUCUUUGAGUCAAACCACCAUGCUGGAGCAUGUGACCUUCAUGAUAAAGCUAAUGGUGGCAAGAGCAUGGUAAGCAUCAGCCGUGGUGCUGCAGACGGUGCAGGAAAAGUUUCUUCUGUCUUUGAUGAAAUUGGGGCUUCAGUUUCUGGAGCACAAGGGCACCAGGAAGCUGAAGGUGUUCAGUUGGCAUCUGAUAACAGUGUUGUUCCUCCUGCAAUGAUACAAUUUGCCAAGGCGAGGAAGUUAUCUGCUGAUCGGUCAGAUCUGAAGAACCGCAGCCUUCUUCACAAACGACUGUUUUUUCACUCACAUAGAGCUCAGCCAAUGGCAUUGGAGCAAGUGCUAUCGGAUGUGGACAGCGAGGAUGAAGUUGACGAUGAUGUUGCAGACUUCGAAGAUCGAAGGAUGCUUGAUGACUUUGUUGAUGUGACCAAGGACGAGAAACAUAUAAUGCACUUGUGGAAUUCCUUUGUCCGGAAGCAGAGAGUCCUGGCCGAUGGGCACAUCCCGUGGGCGUGUGAGGCAUUCUCCAGGCUCCAUGGGAAAAGCCUCUUAGCAGCUCCAGCCCUGCUCUGUUGCUGGAGACUGCUGAUGGUAAAACUGUGGAAUCACGGGCUGUUGGAUGCACGCAGCAUGAACAAAUGCAACCUGGUUCUGGAGGGAAUUCAGAAGCAGGAUUCGGAAGGCGGGAAAAGCUAAAGUCGAACUUCUGGAAGAAGAGGCAACCCUAGCCAAAGGCUCAAACAGUUGAAAGAGUUGGCUCAUCAAGCGUUUUGCAGGCUGAGCUUCAAGAAGCUCUCAUAGUGUUUGUAUUGUUGUUUAUAUUAAUUCUCAUUUCAUCGUCGUUGCAAAGCUGUAAUAGUGAUUGGCGACGUUAAGUUAAAACAGAGGGACUGAGUGCCAUUUGUAAUGAUGUCUCCAACAUUUGGAAUUCGACAUUCGACAUUUCCCGUUUGUGAGAAGAUCAUACUGAUUGGUACGGCUGAAAACAAAA